AUGAAGAUUACUUUUGUCCUCGCCACUGUUGCACAGUUGGCAUCAGCACAUUACUUCUUUGACACCAAUAUCAUCAAUGGAGUCAGCCAACCUCUUAAUAAAUAUGUGCGAGCCUCGACUAGGGCUAUUAAGUACAACCCCAUCAAAUUCUCCUCCAACCCGGCCGCAGAUAUCCGCGAUAAUUCACACAUAGACGGACCUGAUGCCCGCUGCAAUCAGGGUGCCUUUUCCAGCGCCGGAAGGACUGAGAUCUUAACCGUUACUGCUGGUUCUGAGGUCCGUUUCAAGCUCGGUGUCGGGGCUACUAUGCAACAUCCAGGACCCGGCUUUGUCUACAUGUCCAGAGCCCCAGGUGAUAACGUCAAGGCGUACGAUGGAUCUGGCGAUUGGUUCAAGAUCUUCCAGGAGGGUGUUUGCAAUUCAGGUGGCGACUUUACCACCAACGCCUGGUGCACAUGGGACCGCAAUUGGAUCGCUGCUAGAAUCCCAGCGAACACUCCCAACGGCGAGUAUCUCGUCCGUGUCGAGCACAUCGGUAUCCAUCGCUCCCAUGUUAAUCAGCCCGAACACUUCGUCUCUUGUAUGCAAGUCAAAGUCACUGGCGGUGGUAACGGCGUUCCCGGCCCUCUCGUAAAAUUCCCAGGUGUAUACAAAUCCACCGAUCCAUACGCCAACUUCAGCAUCUACGGUGGCCACAAACCCUUCCAAUUCCCAGGCCCAGCAGUCUGGAGCGGCUCCGGCACUUCCAACCCUGUAGCUACCACUACUAGAGCUGCAACUACUACUACUAGAGCUGCAUCUGCGCCUACUACUACCCCCGCUUCUGGAGGAUCUGGAGCUAAAUCUUCUCUUUGGGGACAAUGCGGCGGUAAUGGAUGGACUGGUCCUAAGACUUGCGCUCAAGGUCGUUGCGUUGUUUCCAACGCUUGGUACAGCCAGUGCAUCCCAUAA